CCUUCUGACCAUUUUUAAAGUUUCACUUUCGUUUCCUUUCUCUGGGGUUUCAGAAGAACAAAAACAAAUGGAAAAACAGGGGAGAACCGAUGUUAACAUCGAUGAAAACCUAAUUGAACCUCUGAAACACCACCACCAACAGCAGCAGCAAAAGCAACCACAACAAGCGGAAUCCACCCUUCAUCUUCUCUCCGAGGAAUUCCUCGACGAGUUCCAGUGCUGCGUUUGCCUGGAACUAAUUUUCAAGCCUGUUGUAUUAGCCUGUGGCCAUAUGUCAUGCUUCUGGUGUGUCUACAAUGCAAUGAAUCAUGUUCAUGAGUCCAAUUGCCCCAUUUGUCGGUGCCCAUACAAUCAUUUCCCAAGUGUCUGUCAGUUGCUUCACUUUUUGCUCCUGAAGUUGUAUCCUAUUGCCUAUAAGAGAAGGGAAAGACAAGUGAGAGAGGAAGAGAAGGCAGCCGGCCACUUCUCACUUCAAUUUGAUCAAAAUUUACUUGAACCAAAGCUUUGUGAGAAGUCAGAUAUUUUGGGGAAUAACAACACCCAUUCUCAUCUUCAAAUGGAUGGGCAGUCGGAAAGUGGUUCUAAGGAUUCAGAAUCAUCCUCAUUCAGAGAUGCACCAAAAACAAUCAUGCAAGAUGAAAGUGAUUUACUCUGUGCUGCAUGCAAUAGACUUCUCGUUCGACCAAUUGUUCUCAAUUGCGGUCAUGUAUAUUGUGAAUCUUGUUUUGUUAUUCCAAAUGAUGAAAUGCCUAGGUGUCAAGUAUGUAAAAGCUUGCAACCAAAUGGAUUUCCUGGAGUUUGUUUAAUUCUACACCAUUUCUUGGAGAAUCAGUUUCCCGAGGAAUAUUCAGAAAGACUCAAAGAACAAAAUUGUUCAACACAAGCUCAACGACAUACAAACCGGGGGAAAUCAGUUUCUAGUGAUGUCUACUCAUCAUGGUUUUUCGGAAAUGGGCCAAAAGUUCAUGUUGCAGUGGGCUGUGAUUACUGUGGGAUGUCUCCGAUAAUCGGGGAGAGAUACAGAUGCAAAGACUGUGUGGAGAAAAUAGGAUUUGACCUCUGUGAAUCAUGCUACAAAUGUCCGGCUAAGAUACCGGGCCGAUUUAAUCAGCAGCAUAAACCAUACCAUCAAUUUGAAAUUGUGCAGCCAUUAAGCAUACGGGAUCUUAUGUUAAGGUUGAACUCGGAACAAUCCGACGAUUAUGAUGAUGGGGGUUCGGAUGCUAUGGAACAUAUGGAUGUUGCUUCGACAUUGUUGGCUGGUGUUCAACUGGACGAAGGUAAUAAUGGUUCAGAAGAGCCUGAAGAUAUUUCUCCAUUGAUAUUCUCAGUUGAUGUGUCAUUGGAUCAGGAUGGUGAAGCUGAUGAUCCAAGUGGUAAUAUAUCUUCAGGUUUGACUUAAAACUAGAGAUAAUUGUGAAGGUUUUUAAUGGAUAUUUCCAUAAUGCUAAUAAAUUACU